AUGGCUGAUCAAUAUGAAACGUUGGGACCGGAAAAGCUUGACCGAAGAUCAUUUAUGUGUGCUGGUAUUCCUCAGUUAUCAAUUAACCUAUUUCAAAGGUACCUAAAAACACCGGCCGUUGGUUCAGUAGCUGCUGGUAAUGAUAAAGAAAUGAAUAAAAUGAACUGCGCGCAAGAAACCAUUUUGAACAGAAAAGAAGCUGACCAUGAUCAGGUGAAAAUAAAUCAAUAG